AUGGGUUUGAAGGACCGUUUUGGCCUCUCACAGAGGCAGAUGCCCGGCGAGGAAGAGCUUCCUGCUGGCGUCAUAGGUGAUCCCACCCAAGAGCUCAAGACGUUCCGCCGACAGCAUAAAUGGGAUCCGUUUCUAGACAACGAGAAGCUCGAUACAAUUGAUGAUGCGCUCGCGUCAGAGAACAUUGAGAAGCAGGAAGACGUCGACGAAGCCCUCAUACAGGAGGACUCUCCCUACCCCGAAGUCCGUGCAUCGGUCCCUCCAGCUGACGAACCGGAUAUUCCUGUUGAUACUAUCCGAGCUUGGUUUCUUGGUGCAGUACUGUGCACGAUUGUUGCCGCCUGCAAUGUCCUUCUUUCUUUGCAUGUCUCGUCCGCCAGCAUCUCAUCCACUGUGGUGCAACUGGUUGCGUACCCACUUGGUGUCGGUUUGGCCAAUAUUCUCCCCAACAAGGAGCGCAGCUUCUUGGGCUGGAAAUACAACCUCAACCCUGGGCCUUUCAACGUCAAGGAGCACACCAUCAUCACCAUGAUGACUGCCGCCGGCUCAACCUAUAGUUAUGCCAUCGAUAUCUUGCUAGCCCAAGAAGUAUUCUACAACCAACGCUUUGGCUGGGGCUUCCAGAUCCUGCUUAUCCUUUCCACUCAAGCAAUGGGCUUCGGCAUUGCUGGCGUUGCUCGCCGAUUCUUGGUCUGGCCUGCAUCUAUGGUCUGGCCCGCUAAUCUGGUCCCCUGCGCGGUGAUGCAUUCGCUGCACAAACAUGUCCCUUCUGACCCUGCUAGCACUAAUGGCUGGCGAAUUUCUCGAUACAGGUUCUUCAUCAUCGUGUCGCUAGCUACCUUUGUAUAUCAGUGGAUCCCCGAAGUCUUUGCCACGUUCCUUCAGUAUUUCACCUUUGCAUGCUGGAUCGCCCCUAAUAGUGUCAUUGUUAACCAGCUAUUCGGCCAUGUUUCCGGUCUAGGUAUCUUGCCCAUCACCUUUGAUUGGCUUGGUGUGUCAUCCUGGCUAGGAAGCCCGUUGCAGACGCCUCUCUUCGCCAUUCUGAAUGUUGGUUUCGGUCUCCUCAUCUGCUUAGUCGGAGCUAUCGGCCUAGCCUACGGUGGUCCUGUCGAGUAUAAAUAUUUGCCACUUAGUGCCAACAAGAACUGGGAUCGCUUUGCUGAACCUUAUAAUACCUCACGAAUCUUGAGUCCCGACUUUACCGUCAAUGAGACCGCUUAUCAAGAAUACUCGCCGAUCUUGCUUGGGGCAACGUUUUCCAUCUCGUACGGCAUGUCCUUCGCUACUCUAAUGUCCACCAUCUUCCACUGCGCACUGUUCUACGGCCCUGAUAUCUGGCGUCGCGCUUUCAGCUCCCGUUCUGAAGAGCCUGAUGUCCACUUCAAACUUAUGCGCAAGUAUAAGGAGGCACCAGAGUGGUGGUUUGUCCUCAUCUUCGUCACUUCCUUUGCAUUUGGCAUGGUCGCCUCGCAGGUCUGGAAUACUCAUCUGCCAUGGUGGGCAUACGUCGUGUGUAUCCUCAUUGGCGUUGUUCUAUUCGUCCCCAUUGGCAUGAUCCAAGCCAUCACCAACCAGCAACCCGGUCUCAAUGUGGUCACUGAGAUGAUUUUUGGUUAUAUGCUUCCGGGACGCCCUGUUGCCAUGAUGUUGUUCAAGUCCUGGGGAUACAUGACCUGUGCCAACGGUCUUACCUACAUUUCUGACAUGAAAGUUGGCCACUACAUGAAAGUUCCUCCUCGCAGCAUGUUCUAUGCACAGGCGUUUGCUGUGGUUUGGUUGUCCAUCGUGCAAAUCGCCGCAUACAAUUUUGUCCUUGGCAAUAUCAAGGGGAUUUGCACGGAUUCACAGCCCCAAGGACUGAUCUGCCCCAAUGCUGCCACUUUUUACAACGCCAGUGUUAUUUGGGGUGUUAUUGGUCCAAAGCGUGUGUUUGGUGCUGGUGGCAUCUAUUCAUGGACUAACUGGUUCUGGUUCAUUGGAGCAGCUUGUCCAACCAUCCAGUACUUCGUUGCCAGGCGCUUUCCUCGCUCUUUCGCACGAUACAUCAUAUGGCCGGCCAUCUUCAGUGCCUGUGGUCUUGUUCCUCCCGCUACCCUUUACUACCUGGUCCCUUGGGUCAUUGUCGGCGUCAUCUUCAACGGUUUCAUCCGACGCUAUUUCUUCGGCUGGUGGUCUCAAUACAAUUUUGUUCUCUCAGGUGCUCUGGAUAUCGGCUCACGUCUCUGCGUUGUCAUUGUCGCCCUCGCCCUCGGUCUUAGUGGCAAGAACUUCCCUGAGUGGUGGGGAAACGUCGUCUACACUGAGACGUUGGAUUACCAUAGGAAGGCCGUCACGCGGCAGUUUAUUCCCAACGUUACCGAGCCCAUUGGCCCGUCAAUAUGGUAA